AUGCAGUUGACAGAUUUGACUCAUAAGAGUGCCGACAAGGCGAUCAUUGAUCAUCCUACGACAUCAGACCGGGAUCAUAUUUUGAUUAGGCUUGAUCCUUGUUCAGCGUCGCGGAACUUGAGCACUCCCGGGAGCCAGUAUCAAGCCUGUUUCGGCUUUGCUGGCGAUUACACGCCCGUUCUGACCUACUGGGGCAUCUUCACCUUGGCGAAGCGACUGAAGUGGUGCCCUACAAAGUUGGGUCGUUGA